CACAAGAGGUAAAAGCGGGCCGGCCCAUUCGUCCGUCCAUCUCCGCUGAGUGCUGUUUCUGCUGGUACGAUUUGAUAACGAAAAAUCUUUAUCAGUGUGCUGAUAAUUGGAAACCACGUUUCACUUCCCGUAUAACGUGUUACCUAAGAAGAAAAUUUGGAGGACGUACUACGAACGAUUCUGAUCUUCAUAAAUAUUUGAAAUUAUUUCCUUAUGGUAUAGAGCCCCACGCGCAUCUGACAGCUUCCAACUAUCCCAGUGUGUACUUCCUUCCCCUUUCCUUUCUUCCUUUUAUUUAAGAUCUUCUGCAACAAGAGACUAGCAGCACACUGGACUGGUUACUGGGUGUCACUGAUCAGCAGUCCUCUAUUGCCUUUGAGAAAAGAACACUUCAUAGGAAUUACAGGUCUUUCGGAGUGAAAGAGACUAGUUGAUAGUUGCAGAUGACAGAAUGACGAGGUGACGUUCGUUCCUGCCAUGCGAAACAGGUCGAUCGGUUUUAUUUUCGCGUCACUACUGGUAUGGGCAAUUGUGACGUACUUUCUCUUUUUGGAUCGACCCAUUGGCAAGGAACAGAACAAGCAUAAACUGUCAAAUCAGAUUAAUCAACUAGAGCAGCAAGUAAGACAGGAAAUUGCUAAUAAUGAGGAGCUGCUCCAUGAUCUACAGGAAACUCUUCAGCAAAAGAAACAAGAGGAAGUGCAAGCCGCACCACCACUACAAGAAAUCAACAAUGACCCUGAGAAAAGUGAAAUUCAGGAAGGGGAACGGAACCAAAAUCAAAAUGAAAAUGGGCAUUAUGUACUCCAAAGUUCUUCUAACUCGAAUGACAUCGCGUUAUCACCUCUGAAACUACAAGAUACGGCGGCGAGGAAGACCUUGAAGGAUGGUUCCCCGGUCAUCGCUGUCCUCGUUUUCUCGUGCAAUAGAAUAACCGUUCAAAGGUGUCUUGAUCAACUGAUAGGACAUAGGCCGAGCGCCGAACAGUUUCCGAUAAUCGUAUCUCUAGACUGCGAUCAUGAUCAAACCGCAGAAGUCAUACGUGGAUAUGGAGACCAAGUGACGCUCAUAAAACAACCUGAUCAAUCGGACAUUGAAAUUCCACCAAAAGAAAAGAAAUUCAAGGGAUAUUUCAAAAUUGCUCGCCACUAUGGAUGGGCUUUGAAUCAAGUAUUUCUAAAAUUUGAAUUCGACACAGCAAUUGUUGUAGAAGAUGAUUUGGACAUAGCACCAGACUUUUUCGAGUACUUUCUAGGUACCUAUCCUCUACUGGUACAAGAUCAAUCACUUUGGUGUGUCUCAGCCUGGAACGAUAAUGGAAAAUCGGGUCUAAUCGAUGAACACGGUUCUCAUUUACUUUAUCGUACGGAUUUCUUUCCUGGAUUAGGAUGGAUGCUCACCCGACAAUUGUGGCUAGAGUUAGGACCCAAGUGGCCCAAAUCUUACUGGGAUGAUUGGAUACGACAACCGGAACAACGCAAGGAUAGGGCUUGUAUUAGACCGGAAUUAUCCCGAACACGGACCUUCGGGAAGAUCGGAGUUAGCAAUGGUCUUUUCUUCGACAAGCAUUUAAAGUUUAUCAAGCUGAACGAUCAAUUUGUGCCUUUCACCAAGAUGAAUUUAACUUACUUGUUAAAAAAUAACUAUGACAGCGCCUUCGAGCGCGAAGUAUAUCAAUCGACAGUGGUUGAUUACACGGAGUUGAAGAGUGGCAGUAUUGUCACAAAAGGUCCGGUAAGAAUAAUAUACCACACACGUCAAGAUUACAAGCAUACUGCCAAAAUGCUCGGGCUCAUGGAUGAUUUCAGGAGCGGUGUGCAGAGAACUGGUUAUCGAGGAGUAGUCACCUUUUUCUAUAAUGGACGACGAGUUCAUCUGGCACCAAGCGCUACCUGGAAAGGCUACGACAAAACCUGGAGCUAACACUUGCUACGACAUUAUAGCAGAGACCUAUAGAAAUUUCGUGCGGGAGCCAACAGUUGCUCGGAACUUGUUACAACGGAGUAAGAAGUUUGAGGAUGAUGCUGGAGGCAUUCAAAACAACAUAAACUACGUAAAUAAAUAUUAACCACCAACAGGGAUCUGGUGAAUUACCAACGAAGCACCGUGUGCCUGGAAACGCGUACCCACUGUUUUAUUUUCCAUAUGUAUAUAUAUUAUAUAUAACUAGUUCAGAGGACUUAUAAGGAGGCGACGUGUUUCAAAGGGACAUCCGUUUACGUUUUACGUUUCCUAUGCAUUCGCGAUGAUCGAAUCGCCGAAACUUCGAUAAUUUCAGCUAUUCCAAAAAAAAAAGAGAAAAAAUAAAGCGUUUUUGACGGUAUCCGGCAAGAAGUUUCUUUGACACUGACCGUGACAUUUAUACGAGAAGAUUUAAAGAAUGGAGGAAUGGCAGUGAAAGGAAGGGUGCGUCGGUUGUCGUUUACUAAAUGAUAGAAGUAUUUUGGCCAGUCGUCUUGCCAAAUUUCCGUUAGGCGAAGACUUAGACAAACUAUUAGAUAAGAACCGGUCGGAUAUUACAUAUUGUAAAAUUACAGUUAAUAAAUUAUUGAUACGAAA